AUGGUGGUGGGGGUGUGCACACACCCCCAGAGGGGCCCGGGGGUCUCCGGCUGCAGCAAGUCCUUGGACCCCCUUAUUGACCUUGUGGGGGUCCGCCUCCUCCUGGAAAUCAGCAGUGAGUUUAAAGAGCGGAACAGGCUGAGCCUGCGGGACAUCGCGGAAGAGGGAGGCCGCUGCCAGGACGAGGGCCCCGCACCACCUAGCACUACCACUGUCAUGGAGAACUGCAGCCAUCGCAGAGAGCCUAAAUUUGAGAGGAGCAGUGAGUGCCUCUCCCAUCUCCCUGGAAGAUCCCCAGAGGGCGGCUGGGGCAGGAGUAGGGCAGAGAAUGGAGAGCUGCCCUUCCACUUUUUAGUUCCCAGCACCGCCUCUCCCAGGAUCGCGCUGCACCGGUCGUCGUCGUCGUCGUCGUCCUCCUCCUCCUCCACGCCGCCCUCGGCGCUGCUGCCGGUGGUGGUGGCGGUGGCGUUGGCGCUGGGCCCGGUACUGGCCCGUCCCGGCCGUCCAGGGCCGGAGGAGGAGGAGCUGGUGGUGCCCAGGCGGGGCCCGGCAGGUCCCGGGCAGGUGGUGUUGCACCUGUGGGCCUUCGGCAAGGCCUUCCACCUGCACCUCGUGCCCGAUGACGCCUUCUUGGCUCCAGCCUUCAGGGUCCAGCGCCUGGCCGCCCAGGGGGGCCCCCCGAGGGUCUCCCAGGGGCCCCCCACCCGGGUCUGGGGGCGCCGCUGCUUCUACUCGGGCACGGUCAACGGCCGGCCGGACUCCUUGGCGGCGGUCAGCCUGUGCGGGGGUCUGAGCGGGGCCUUCCUCCUGGCCGGAGAAAGCUUCACCGUGCAGCCCCUCGGGCCGGACCCCCGGGGACACCCCCUGACCCGGCUGACCCGGCUGCACCGGCUGCAGAGCCAUGAGCUAAGAGCCUUCGAGCCACCCCCGCCUCUGGAGUCCACCACCGUCACCAUGAGCAGCGCUCCUACCACAAGCAGCAGUGGCAGCAGUAAUGCCACCAGCAGCAGAACAAAGCGCUUUGUGUCCGAGGCUCGCUACGUGGAGACUCUGCUCGUGGCCGACGCCUCCAUGGCCCGGUUCUACGGAGAAGACCUGCAGAAUCACAUCCUCACACUGAUGUCCGUGGCCUCCCGGAUCUACAAGCACCCCAGCCUCAAGAACUCCAUCAACCUGGUGGUGGUCAAGGUGCUCGUGGUGGAAGACGAGGAGAGGGGCCCGGAAGUGUCGGAUAACGGAGGCCUCACCCUGCGUAACUUCUGCAGCUGGCAGCAGGCUUUCAAUCCCUCCAGCGACCGCCACCCCGAACACUACGACACGGCCAUCCUGCUCACCCGGCAGGACUUCUGUGGGCACCAGAGCUGUGACACCCUGGGCGUGGCAGACAUCGGUACCAUGUGUGACCCCAGGAAGAGCUGCUCCGUCAUAGAGGACGAGGGGCUGCAGGCGGCCUACACCCUGGCCCACGAGCUGGGUCACGUUCUCAGCAUGCCCCAUGACGACUCCAAGACCUGCGAACGGGUCUUUGGGCCCGUCGGGAAGCAUCACAUGAUGGCCCCCCUGUUUGUCCACCUGAACAAAACUCAGCCCUGGUCCCCCUGCAGCGCCAUGUAUGUCACAGAGUUCCUGGACGGCGGCCACGGCGACUGUCUGCUGGAUGCCCCGGCCACGACCCUCCCCCUCCCCACUGACCUCCCGGGCCGGGCGACCCUAUACAACCUGGAUGGCCAGUGUCAACAGAUCUUUGGCCCGGGCUUCCGCCACUGCCCCAACACCUCGGAGCAAGAUCUCUGCUCCCAGCUGUGGUGCCGCGUGGACGUGGCCGAGCCCCUGUGCCACACCAAGAAUGGCAGCUUGCCCUGGGCCGACGGGACGCCCUGUGGUGUGGACCACCUGUGCUGGGAUGGCAUCUGCCUGGCACGAGAGGAAGUGUUGAAACCCAAGCCUGUGGUGAACGGAAACUGGAGCCCGUGGGGGCCGUGGGGCGAGUGCUCUCGCACGUGUGGCGGGGGCGUCCAAUACUCCCACCGCGACUGCAACGAGCCCGAGCCACAGAACGGAGGACACUACUGCGAAGGCCAGAGGGCCAGGUAUCAAUCGUGCCACACGGAGGAGUGCCCGCCGGAUGGGAAGAGCUUCCGGGAGCAGCAGUGUGAGAAAUACAACGCUUACAACUACACGGACAAGGACGGGAACCUGAUUCAGUGGGUGCCCAAGUUCACAGGGGUGUCCCCCCGGGAUCGAUGCAAGCUCUUCUGUCGGGCCCGAGGGCGUAGCGAGUUCAAAGUGUUUGAAGCCAAAGUGAUCGACGGGACCCUGUGUGGGCCAGAGACCCUGUCCAUCUGUGUCCACGGCCAGUGCAUCAAAGCCGGCUGCGACCACGUGCUGGGGUCGGCCCGGAAGCUGGAUAAGUGUGGCGUUUGCGGGGGCAGCGGCUCCUCAUGCAGGAAGGUCUCUGGGUCACUCAACCGCUCCAAGUACGGCUACAAUGACAUCGUCACCAUCCCCGCCGGGGCCACCAACAUUGACGUGAAACAGCGGAGUCACCGUGGGGUCAGGAACGAUGGCAACUACCUGGCUGUGAAGACCGCCGACGGGCGCUACCUGCUCAACGGGGACCUGGCCAUCUCGGCCAUGGAGCAGGACAUCCUGGUCAAAGGCGCCAUCCUCAAAUACAGCGGCUCCAUCGCCGCCCUGGAGCGGCUCCAGAGCUUCCGCCCGCUGCCCGAGCCCCUGACGGUUCAGCUGCUGACCGUGUCCGGGGAGGCCUUUCCACCCAGAGUCAAGUACACCUUCUUCGUGCCGAAGGAUGUGGCCUUCGGCAAGCAGAAGGCCAAAGACAAGAAGCCGACCAAUGUCAUCCAGGCCCUGAACACCGUGGAGUGGGUCCUGGGAGACUGGAGUGAAUGUUCCCAGACCUGUGGGGCCGGCUGGCAGCGGCGAACAGUAGAGUGUAGGGGCCCUGCAGGCCUGGCUUUGGCCACCUGUGACAAAGCCCUAAAGCCAGAGGACACCAAGCCCUGUGGCCACGUCCCCUGUGCCCUGUGACAGUUGAGGCCACGGUCCUUUUGCUCACGGACUCACGGUGACAGGGUAGGGUCGAGGACAUCACCUACAAUGCCCACCCUGGACAGGAAAUGGCACCAAAGAGGCCCAGAGCCCCCCGCGGUACCCCGUACCCUGCAAGGACACUGAGCUGGAGAAGGAGGCGAGAGGACAGGGGUGGGAGGAAGGGCAGACAGCAAAGACAACUCUUAAGAUGACCCGACCUUGAUGGUUCAAGAAAAGGAUAUGGGCUUAAAGGGCCAAAGUUCACUUGUUAACCCGAGCAGAAAACAAGGCAACAACCCUUUGGCCAAGGAUGCACAGACUAGCAAAGCAGAGGGAGGAAGAAUGAAUUUCUCUUAGCCGUUUUCUUUCCCCCAAUAGAAAAUCUACCUCAGAGGGAAGGAAGGAGCAGUGGAAGGGAAACACUGCUGCUGCUGACGUCCUCAUGACUGAAGUCCAUUUGUCAGAAAGCCUCUGGAGUAAGAGCGGAGAGUUGUGCUCAAAGCCAGGGUGGUGCCUGCGGUUUUCGGUGUCCAGAGUGUAGUCUUCUCGGCUGUCCUCCCUCUCCUCCCCUCAUCCACUUUUUUUAGACCCUUUACCCAGCAGAAUGGCCAUGUAGAUAGUGCCAAGGAAGAGAGGGGAUGCACGGGCAUGGUGAUUCACAAUUCCUUCCCUCUGCCAACCAUGGCUCCCAGUCCUGGGCGGCCCUUGGGCAAGGAGGAAGGCAUGGCACGGCGGGAGGGAGAAUUGGGUCAGUGGCAGUCAGGGCUCAAAUUCCCUGCUGCCCCAAGCCCAACCCCAGCAGGCAGGACUCUCUCCUUGGUCAGCAAGAGAGGCCCCGUAACCUCCUGGAGUUCUUGAACUCCCCUCUGAGGGGGAGCGGCAAGAAUUGAUUGCUAGAUUGGAGCCUCUUGGACUGGACCUGAGGUUCUCAGACUUCUUUCACAUCUAAUCAUCCCACCCUCACCCUCCUCCAUCCCAUGCCUCCCAACCACUCUGUAAACUGAAAAGAACCCAAUGGUCAGUGAUAUCUCCAGGAUGCUUGGAACGGCUGUGCAAGUUCCAACUCUUCCAGGCAUAGCUGGGUUCCCCAGUAGGCUUUCUAAGAAGGGGUACAGAAGCAGAGGGAUACUGGGGAAUGAGCGGAUCGUAAAGAUAGACUAGUUAUUUGGCAGGGGGAGUGAGUUGGGAGGUGUUUAUGGAAGAGGAGUAAUUUGGGCCAGAGCCUUCUCUGAGCUCUCCACCCGCUCUGUGCUCUCCCCAGAACCCCUGGAAACUGACCACUCUUGGCUCCACACCAGUUUAAUAUGCGUUUUCACUUUAGCUUUCACCUGCCCAUUCAGUGUCACGGUUCAAAAAGGGUUUGGAUACAGUCGUGGACAAGUGGUCCAGACGUGCUCCAGAAGGAAAGUUCUGCACGUUCGAUGGUCCAUUCCUGACAUCCUGGAGGAAAGCCAUCACACCACUGCACCAAGAAUCCUGCCGCCUCUAACGGCAAAAGACUCCUGGACUGGGCUGGAAGGACUCAGGCCUGCCCCAGCAGUGACAUUUCUUUUCAUUCUUUUAUUAUGUUGCUAAGAUUCUACGUAGAUUUAUUUAUAUCUAGAAAUGGAUAUCUCAUCCUCCGUUGUUCUUCCUCUCUCUCCAGCUCUUUCUCACUAUCUCUCUAUGCUCGUCUCCCAUCCUCCUGCAGUCUCACAUGGAAUCACCAUUCGAGUCAAUGAUGGGAGAGAGGCUGAGUUGUGGUAACAGUCCACAGGAAAUCCAUAGUAUUUAUUAAGCGCCUGCAGAAUACACUGAGUCCACUAGACUGUAAGCUCCUUGAGGGCAGGAAUUGUAUCUACCAAUUCUUUUGUAUUGUACCCUUCCAAGGGCUUAGUAUAUUGCUCUAUAUACCAUUGAUUGAUUGAUUGUGAGUGAUUAUUGAGUUUUAAGCCUAUCACUAAGUGCUUGGCAGAGUACAGCAGAGGCAAGACACCAAAUCCCUGUCCCAAAGAAGCUUCCAACUUAUUGGGGGAGACAGACAGACCGUAAUUAUUUGCAGGGUGGAAACCAGAGGAAGAACAAGGAUAAGGCCGUGUCGCCCUGUAGUUACAUCAGAGAAUUUCAUCUUCCCGAUCAACGAAACCCAACUCCCCCUAAUAAUGUUGGUUAUUCUCCAUGUUCCAUGUUCCCUUGAUCAGCCCUCAUCCACCCCGCUCCCCAUUGCCCUGAUUCUUUACAUCUCCCUCCUCUCUGCCUAACACAGAAUAAUAAGGAACAGAGCAGAAAAGCAGGACUCAAAAAAAUGACAACCUUACUGGAAAGUAAUUUUCCGAUUUUCACUUGAGAAAUGCCCGAAAACAGACUGUCCAGAUGCUGGAGAUCCAUGUAAAUUCUAUGCAAACGACAUGAAAAUAAAUUUAUGAGCAUUCUAACUACUUCGACCACCUGUUGUGGGGUAUGUUGCCGG